AAACAAUGGCCGACCUACCUCCGCGAACAAAUCCGCGAAGACCUAGCACUCGAAGCACAACUCCUCCUCCUCUCCUUCGCCAUCGGCAUCCAGGACGCAGCCGCCUGGCGUGACUACGGAUGCUUCGCCUCGAACCAAACAGGCAACAUGCUCUUCCUGGCGAUCGGCGGCGCGGGGCUGGCCACCACCGCAGACUACCGGUUCGACAACCUGGGCCUCAGCCUGGGGUCCUUCGUGGCGGGCGGGCUACUGAUGGGCCAGCUGGGCAACUAUCUCGGGGCGGUGCGCAUGCGUUGGUGGCUGCUGUUCUCCAGCCUGCUGCAGACGGCGAUGGUGUUCGCGGCGGCGGCCAUCACGGCGUACGACACGCCCACCACCGAACAGCGGACGCCCACCGCGCUGGCGACGCUCUUCCUGUUGGCGUUCUCGUCCGGUGCGCAGGUGGCCAUGGGCCGAGCGUUGAAGGUCACGGAUAUCACGACCGCAAUGGCUACGGCGGCGUAUAUUGAUGUGGUGAUUGAUCCGAAAUUGUUCAAGGUCAGGAAUCGGAUGCGGAAUCGUCGGGUUUUGUUUCUGACCAUGUUGACGGCGGGGUGUUUUGCUGGUGCUGCGGUGGAAAAGGUCGCUGGGUCAUGUAUUACGCUUAUUAUGUGUGGGUGUUGCAAGGUUGUGGUUAUGGUUGGGUUCUUCUUUACGCCGAAGAUUAAGGAGCAG